AUGGCCGAUGAUCACUACAUCCCUACGGAAAGCCAAAUAAAACUGGCGACACAUCGAACACGAUUUUUAAUGCACACUCUGUGCUUCACCGGACUAAUGUACAAGUACAAAGUGGUUGAGGGAAACGAGAGGGUGUUGAGGAUGAUCAGAGCAAUAUUCUUGAUCAAUCUGGGUAAGUCGAUAAAACUAUGCGUUUGUUGAGAUUUUCCGGCGCACGGGGGAGUACUACACAUACCUCAAGUGCAACGCUUAUAUUUUGAUGAAAUUGGCAUAAAUUCAGAAUGUUUUUACGGCCCAUGCGCGGCUGUUUUUUGCGGAUUUUGGCAUGUAAAUUUAUACCUAUUGCUACCGUAGAGGGUAAUUUUUCCACCAAAGAUCACUUUAAUCAUUCUCGUUUUCUUCUCUCACCGCUCUUCGCAUUUCGCGUAUUCUUUCGGCCGCAAAAAUUGUACGAUAUCUCGGCUACACAUGCAUAGGUUGGGUUAAAAAUUUCAAGAAUUGAUAUGUGCUCUAUGACCGACGUAUGCGCAAAAUAUAAAACGAAUAUGACCCUCGCGUUGGGGCAAUUUACGUUGGUAGCGGAACUACUCAAAAAACGCUAUUUCCAAAAAAAUCUAAAUUUCUUUAAAGUUUAGUUGGAAUCCAGAUGCUCUACAGUAUCUAUUACGUUUUCGGAGUUGGCGGCUCCCAUCGUGAACGCUCAGUCGUGGUGCUAUGUUGGCUUUUUCAAUCAUUCAUGUCAAUGGUAAGCCUAAAAUUUUCACGACGCGGAGAUGUGUAACCGUAUUUUACAAGCAAUUAUUCGCCUUCAGUGUCUCCUGGUUUGGUGGCAAUACAAAGGCCGGACCCGUUUUCUGAUCCGAAUCCUGCCUUGGGAGGCGCUGAAGCAGAGCCGGCUUCAGACUAGAAAGAUCGGCUUCUUCGGAAUCAUGGUCGUGAUGGUGGUGGUGUCCGUGGUGUCGUUUGUGAUGAACGCCGUGAACCCGAAGAACGCGGUGUUUGACCGGAGGGUCUUGAGUGUAAGUUUCAAGUCUUGACGGGUCGAAAGUGCUGUAAAAACAAGGAGCAAUUUGAGUGCGAUUUUCUCGGUGGUGAUAUGAUUUUUGAUGCGACAGAGUCCUCAUUAUUUUUCCGACAGACUGAUUCUGUCUCCCAUAAAACGGAACCUGCAUAUAGCGGAAAAUUUCCAGGGUCUCAAUACCCAAUAAUAGGCCAAAGUUAGUCUACGUAUAUCGACGUUAUGACAGAACAACAAAAAGCUUUUUUGGUACCUUUCAAUUCGUAACAUAAAGUUGACUGUUUUUUCGAUCUAGCUUCUAGAAAAUAAAUAAAAUUUUUUAGCCUUUCUACGGCUGGGAGCGUACGAUCAAUUAUGCGAUAGUCAUGUACGCCUUCUUCGUCUGGUCAGCCGUGUUUACCAUGUAUUCUGUGCUUCUUCUGGUCAUCCACGAAGAGGUCGUGUUGUUGAAUCAGGCUGUGGAAAAGGUAAUAUUUCAAAGCACACAUACGCAUAGUGGUGGGCCCGGAAAUUCCACAAGCCCGGCUCUCUAGCCAUGUUUGUUAGAGGGUGUUUCAAGAAAUCUGGAGGCGAGUAAUCGCUGAUUUUUUGUGUCUAGUGUACAGUCUUAAGCUUGUGACCUAUAGCCUACAAAAUCGGCGAUUACUCCCUCCACAUUCCUUAAAAAACUUUGACUGAAAUCAAUUGCAAUAUGCAGAUUGGAAGCCCCGAAUUUGACAAAAUGACUCUCACCGAGCAGCUUCUACAGCUCCAUGAGCGACACGCUUCCCUUUGCUUCGCUCUCCAGCAGACCGACCAGACCUUUGAAGUGUACAAUUUCGUCAUGUUCACCACCAACAUCCCUACUACAAUAUUUGCGCUAUUGUCGUGUUACGAUGCGAUCAUGAGCUCGCAAACGAUCGAUAUGAUAAUCCUGCUGCCUGAGCUGGUUUUCUGCAUCAUUGAGAUCUUGGGGCUCACCAUGGUCCCAGCCAAAAUUACGGCUACAGUAAGUGGAAUUGAGGGUCUAAAAAUUUCUUGACUCCCUUUUCAGCUCGAAACCACCGAGCGUUUGCUCUACAACAACCGAAAUCUGUGGAAGAAGUACGAUCCGGACGUUCAUAUCAUAGUGAACACAUUUGUCAAGCAGAACCGUCAACCCGGCCUGGGAAUGUCCGUAUGGGGAUUCGCGAUCGUCACCAAGUCGCUGGUUUUGACUACAGCGUCACUGGUCAUCACCUACAUGACAUUGUUAUUGCAGAUGAGCCAAUCGCCCGGAGAGACCGGCGCGAUCUUCCAAAAGCUGUUGAACAGUAGCAAUAACGUCGAUGAAGUUGGUGGAAAUUUUACUGUAUAA